CAUUCGUUACGUUGAGUGGUGCGCAGUACGAUGCCGUGGACACUCCCUCUGAAGUAACGACUGUGGUUUGUCCUGAUGACGUCAUGAACAUAACUGAAUGCUGGACCCAUGAGACAAGAGGCGUGGUCAGCAAAAACGAAACUAUAGCAGUCGUGUGCUGUCCUGUCAGUCCCUGCAGUCCAUCCGGUCAAGCACUGCGCAUCCCCGAUGAUGCAUACUCCGAAUCGUCUUGCUCCUCUACCCACAACUGCGGCUCUGCUGCCCGUUUAGACGGUCCUUCGGUUUGGAGGCCAUCUCUGUCUAACGAAUUGCAAUGGAUACAAGUUCAGGUGGAGUAUAGUAUCGUGACGGCCAUAACCAUUCAAGGUGGACACAAAGCCUCUGGUGACUAUGAGUGGGUGACAUCCUUCACCAUUUCUUCUAGUUUGGACGGAGAAACUUGGAAUGACUAUCUCAACGUAUACUCGGGAUCAGUUGAGGUAUUUCCGGGAAAUUAUGACAAAAGUAGCCACGUGACUCACACGUUCAUUAGGCCAAUCGUUGGUCGAUAUUUUCGGAUUCAUCCUAAGACCUUUAACGGAUACAUCGCUAUGGGGAUGGUUCUCUACGGAUAUGGACCCCUAUCACCUGUUGUAGCUUUACUAAACUUGGAUGGAAAAGUUGGGUGCAGUCCUCCUGUACUUGGUGAGGGCCUUGGGGUGGAGGACGGUCGGGUACCAGACAGUAGGCUGACUUCAUCAUCGGUCAUCAGGAGAGGUUACCAUGUAGCCAGUGAGGGAAGGCUCAAUUCGAAUAGUGCCUGGGUUCCCAGUGAUUCGGACCCCAACAAGUGGGUGAAGGUGGAUCUCGGCAACGAUACUCUUGUAACAGGUAUCAUUACACAGGGACGAUACAUCGGGGUUGGUGAAAAGGUAACCUCUGUAUCUGUCUCCUACUCGAUGGACAAUACCCACUGGACAUAUGCACUUCAAGAGUUCUGUGGCACUGUAAACAGAUAUCCCGCAAACUACGACCAGGACACAUACGUGACAACGGUAUUACCCAAGCCAGUGACUGCACGAUAUGUCAGGAUUCAUACACCGACAUACUACCACCAUGCGUCUAUGAGGUUCGAAGUACUCGGCAUCAACAACUAAACCAAACAGGUUAACUACUGUCCCGGACUACUGUCUAUUUCACCUGACGUUUUCUACGAUUCUUCGAUGUGGAUUUUGUAUUAUGUGUGGUGAAAACAGUGUGGGGGGGGGAGCCACCGAUCUCUACAGAUCAGCUAGUGGAGAAGUUUGCUUGCAUGCAGCUGCUCGGAUAUCGCGUAAGGUGAUCAUUCUUAAAUUUGAUCUUUAAGCUGUUUACUUGGUUUCAUGAUAUUAGUCCGGCGACAAUUGCUCCGCUCUAAAUUCCACCCACUAAUCGAAUGACCGACAUCAACCCUGGGUCUAACACUGUAUACCCUAACCUAAAGCUAACUCUAAGCCUAAAAUAAAAACCCUAAUUGCAAUCCUAUCUCUAUAACUCUACUUCUUAGACGAAAUUAAGCCCACGGGAGCAAAUGUCGUGUUACCGCUAAGCAGUGGCGUACCGUGGGUCACGGCAUUGGGGGGGGGG